CCGCGUUUACGUGGAGGGUCUGAGGCCGCGGGGAGAUAACCGGUGGCGGGUCCCGCUGAGGGAGAAGAAAGAUGACGUGAGCCACAUUCCAGCAUUAAAGGCAGAGUGGCCUGGGGGGGGGAAGUCGGGGGGAAACCAGAAGGAAAGCUAUGCCAGGAUCUUUAAGGCGGCAGCCUGCAAACAGGGUCCUUGUGCCACAGUUCACCCAUCACCAUGUUGCCGUGUUCCUGCUCACGUUCUUCAGCUACUCUCUGCUGCAUGCCUCCAGGAAAACCUUCAGCAACGUCAAGGUCAGCAUCUCCAGCCAGUGGACUCCCUCCUGCCUUAACGACACCGCCCUCCAGCUUCAGCCGUAUGAGCUGUGGAACAGCAGCCAUUUAUUUCCUGACAUCGGAGAAGCCACGCUUUUCCUUGGGACGCUUGACACCAUCUUCCUAUUCUCCUAUGCUGUGGGGCUCUUUGUCAGUGGGAUCGUUGGGGAUCGUCUGAAUAUGCGCUGGGUCCUGUCGUUUGGCAUGUGCUCUUCUGCAUUAGUGGUGUUCGUCUUUGGUACUGUCUCUGAAUGGCUGCAUUUCUACAACAAGUGGUUUUACUGCUGCCUGUGGAUCGUGAAUGGCUUGCUGCAGUCCACUGGAUGGCCCUGCGUUGUGGCUGUUAUGGGAAACUGGUUUGGCAAAGCUGGGAGGGGUUUUGUGUUUGGCCUCUGGAGUGCCUGUGCAUCAGUUGGCAACAUCCUGGGAGCAUUCCUCGCGUCCUCGGUUCUGCAGUAUGGCUAUGAGUAUGCUUUCUUGGUGACAGCAUCGGUACAGUUUGCUGGCGGAGUCAUUGUCUUCUUUGGCCUUGUGACUUCUCCCAAAGAAGUAGGCCUCCCAGAAGUUGGGGAAGAGGGUGAUGGUGGUGGGGCUGCUGAAGAAGAUGCCCGUGAGCCCUUAAUGGGCGGGAAUGACAGUUAUGAUGAAGACGAUCAAAAUUACACCAUCCAGGCAGCAGAUCCAAGCAGCAGCCCCCAGCCCAGGGCCAUAGGAUUUUUCCAGGCUUGUUGCCUACCUGGUGUGAUACUGUAUUCCUUGGCCUACGCCUGUCUGAAAUUGGUGAACUACUCCUUCUUCUUCUGGCUGCCCUUCUACCUCAGCAGCAACUUUGGAUGGAAAGAGGCAGAAGCCGACAAGCUCUCCAUUUGGUACGACGUCGGAGGGAUUAUAGGUGGCACCAUCCAAGGCUUAAUCUCUGAUGUGCUGCAGAAAAGAGCUCCGGUGCUAGCCAUUAGCCUCAUCUUGGCUGUUGGGUCUCUCGUUGGAUACAGCCGGUCACCAAACAGCAAAGUCAUCAAUGCAGUUAUCAUGGCCAUUACAGGCUUUUUCAUUGGUGGUCCUUCCAACAUGAUCAGUUCAGCCAUUUCUGCUGACUUGGGACGUCAGGAAAUGGUGAGAGGAAGCAGCGAAGCUUUGGCGACUGUGACGGGGAUCGUGGAUGGCACUGGGAGCAUUGGAGCGGCUGUGGGUCAGUACCUAGUGUCCUUGAUCCAAGAGAACUUGGGAUGGAUGUGGGUUUUCUAUUUCUUCAUUCUAAUGACGAGUUCAACAGUCCUGUUCAUCACACCCUUGAUCGUGAGGGAAAUAAGUGUGCUCCUGGGAGAGACGCCUGUGCGCAGGUCAGCCGGAUGACUGCCGUAUCCACUGGGGAACGGAACUCUUCAAGGAAGGCCAGCAGAGAGAGCGGCUAUCGGAAUUUCAGACAGCUCAUGUGUGCUUUUACUUUUAUCUUCCACUGAGUCAGAACUGGUGGGAAACAGCUCUGAAAGGGUUUACGUUGGACAGUUGUUGAUAUCUGAAGUUCUAAACCCAUCUGAAGAGGUGCUGUGGUCUUCUGGGGAGUGUGAUUCUUGAAGAGCUGAUUCAAUGGGCCAGAGAAGAUCUUUUUUCCCCCCUUCAGUUGUACCCCAAAAUCUCAGGGCCGGUCUGUGCAAUCAUCAGAAUCGAAUGGCAAAGAUAUUCCGGGAAUGAGCACUUUGGGCUGCUGGGGGCGGAGAACACGCAUUAUGCAUGUUUCCUCGCCAAACAAGUCUCCUAGACCCCAGAAGAGUAGUGUAGCCAGGAGAGUUCACAUUUGCCUGUUGGGCUGGGCAUGUCUUUUAUGGUUGGAGAGCAUUCAAAUGUGCAGCCCCCCGCCCCAUGCAGCCACAAGUGGUAGAGUCCAGGGAAUGCUUCUCCGCUCGUUUCUGUGUCAAUUGGCCCUCCUAAAUUCUUCGUACUGUUGUCUGCUUGUGUUUUUGUGCUGUGUCUGAAUGCCUGACAAUGACCAGAGAGACAAAACUGACAGCCCUCUUUGCUGCUUCCUUCAGCAAAUGGGCUUUAAAAGGCCUUUUUGUUACUUGAUACUAAAACAUCCACCUCCUGUCAGCUCAGAGCCACUGGGUGGCUGGCUGGCUUUGUGUAAGCUGACUGGGCCCGCUGCCUUCCUCCUGCGUUCUGCCCAGCCCUGUAUUUACUGAAUGCCCAUCAGGAAACUUUGAGUCUGUGGAAGCAGCCCAGGUCCUUACAACCUUCCUGCAAGAAGGCAGAGGUUGUGUUUUUAUUUCCGUUUUAAAUAUUUGUCCUAUUUUAGAUAUUGCAAGCUGCUCCUAGCCAGCAGUGCAGUUACAUUCCGUACUUGAUGAAUUCUUCUGUUGAUCUGCCUGAAGUGUGAGAAUGAGGUUGUGUCUUUGGAGAUGUGUGUAGCUAAGUCCUUCAUAGGGAAAAAAAAUAGUUUCCUGUUAUUCUUGAAAUUAAGAUGAACGUUGAUGUUAUGAUUUUGAAUGCACUUGAGGGACUGACUGGUACAACGACAAUGGGGUUCUGAAUUACCUGAGUGGUCUCCCUUUCUGAACAGCACAAUGAUGAUUUGCUGUCUGAGUUGGGAGACACCUUCGAUAUCCUCAGAGGCCUGUUUUCUCACUGAGGAGUCAUCUCAAGUUGUGGCCGUUUAGGUUGAAGAGAAUAUGGCUGAAGUGUCCUUUCAUCUGCACCAAAGACGACCUGUGGGUGUGAAACAAGUUAUUAAAAGUAUGGUGAUGCUCUCAGAGCUGUCAGCUUCUCCUCUUCCCCCUCACCUGGUCUAACAUUUAGUCGAGCUUCCUUUGUUCCACACUGUCAUGCUGAGAAUCUCCCUGUCCCAAUGCUCUGAGGUGGGGAAAUGCUUGGUGCCGUGAUGUUGGGACAUGAGUCAAGCUUACCUAGAUGUUAUAGAAGACAAGGGGCUGCUUAUUUCAGCUGCAGAGUGGCAGUUUUUGUGUUGUUUCAUGUUUUAAGUUUGCCUUUUAAUUUUAGUCGGAGUCAUAAGCCACUCUUGGCUCCCUCUCCUCAUCUUUGGGUGGAUUUUGUUCAGAAAACCAGGCCGCAUAGCCCCCUGGUCGAGAUUCAGUGUUGAUCAUUUGUCAAUAGGAUCUAGAAAAGAAUCAUGAGUUUGGGUUGGGUCACUUGGUUGACACACCAGUUCUCAGCCUGGUUCAGAAAAUUUACCUGCAGCCUGGGAAGACUUAAGUUUCAGUUUUCCCAGGUGUUUCAGGUAGGUAGCCAUGUUGGUCUGAAGUAGAACAGCAGGAUUUGAGUCCAAUUGCACCUUAGAGACCAACAAAAUUUUCUGGGUAUAAGCUUCUGAGAGCCAGAGCUCCCUUCUUUGGAUACACUCCUCCCUGU